CGCUUCCCGCGGCCCCGGCGGCGCUCCCUGCGCGCCCCGCGCGGCCGCGGCAUGGCGAGUUACAGCCGCGCGGCCCAGCAAUGGGCUACUUUUGGUAGAGCCUGGUACCUCCUCGAUGCGAAGAUGCAGCCCCCAGGAAAAAUAGCAGCUGCCACUGUAAUCAGACUCGAAGGCAGACAUAAACCUAUUUAUCAUGCACUAAAUGACUGUGGAGAUCACGUUGUCAUAAUAAAUACAAGACAUAUUGCCUUCUCUGGUAACAAGUGGGAACAGAAAGUAUAUUCUUCACAUACUGGUUAUCCUGGUGGUUUCAAGCAGGUGACAGCAACUCAACUCCAUUUGAAGGAUCCAACUGCUAUUGUUAAACUGGCUGUUUAUAGAAUGCUUCCAAAAAACCUUCAGAGAAGAACUCUGAUGCAGAGGCUACACCUGUUCCCUGAAGAUGUUAUUCCAGAAGAUAUAGAGAAGAACCUUCUACAAGAGAUUCCUCAGCCACGUGCAGUCCCCAAGAGAUUAGAUGAAUAUACACCAGAAGAAAUUGCCGCCUUUCCGAAGGUUUGGACUCCACCUAAAGAUUUUCGAAGGAAGUAAUAAGAAUGAAAGAAGUGCCAUCAGGAGUGUCUCUUCUCCUUCAAAGAAAAUUCUUCUAAUAUGGAAGCAUCUGUGCAGCUCAGUCAGCCCUUCUAUACUGAAUGUUUCUGACAGCUGUUAGCAGAUUUGACUUGGUAAGAUUAUAGAAAUCACUGUAUUUGAAACACCUUCUCAAUGCCAUCUGUACUCUGCAUUGUAUGAUCUGGUAUUUUUUCAUGACAUUUGAUUUGAUACUGUUAUUAAAGAAUUAAUACCUUUGUAAUGAG